UGUCUACGCUAGUUGCUAUAAAGCGGCUUGGCAAUGGCAGCGCGGCCCAAAUAAGAGACGGUGGAUCAUGAAGCUUCUUACUGUUUAUGGCAGAACGACCGAUGUAAAGUUCCUUGGCCACGAGUGUUUCGAUGACGACAUGAGAGAAUUGUAUUAUACUACCACUUUAUCGCCCCAUCACUGGUUCGUUCUACUCUCUAUCACCUUACUGCUCGUCGGUAUACCCUACUUGUUCGCGUUCAUGUUAGCCUUCUUUACGCCGCAGGUAGGGCUUUCACGUCGCUCCAUAACAUGUCUGGUUUACUUUUGUCUCCAACUUGGAUAAAUCGGCCUCUGGCUUUGGGCUCAUAGCAGCCCUCCAGACAACAAUAACAACAUCAUCUUCAGACACUCCAGAGACGUAGACAGCGCUCGCAACUCAUACAAAUACGCCACCAAAAUACGAGGCGUGUUUGAAAAGGGUGGUUGGCUCGAUCUCCGAGGUUUCUAUGAUCCUUC